GGAAGUGACGUCAUUAAUAAGUACCUCUUACUGUCGAUCUUCCGCCGACCAGCCAAGCGGACAGAGUCACUGCGAUUACACCACACAAAAAACAUUCUUGGUUGUCAAUGCGGAGAGAGCCGACGCUUAUCUGAGAGCCACUUCUUCCUCCUCAGAAAACCCCGCUGCAAGCUUUCCAAAUGAGUGACGGGGAGUGCGACUUCUUCUGCUUCUUCCGCUGCUGCUGAGCGCGCUCUCUGGGCGCCUCGGGCAGGCAGCGCGCCUCCUGGCAGCUACACAACGCAGGUGGAGACGCGGCGAGGAGCUGCUUCACACAGCCCACUUCAGCCAAUCGCGCCGCUUGGAUCCGGCGGGUUAGGCGGGCCGUCCACCUGUCCGGGCGGUUGAUUCGAGCGACCGGAUGUCCGUGGACAUGAACAGCCAGGCGUCGGACAGCAAUGAGGAAGACUUUGGGGUGAACUCUGAAGAUGAGGAGGAUGACGACGACGACGGAGGAGAGGAGGACGAUCAGGGCGACAUAUCGACCUACUACGAGGGCGUGGCCAGCGACGUGGAGCAGCAGGGCGCCGACUCCUUUGACCCAGAGGAGUACUUGUUCACCUGUCUGACUUACAAAGAGAGUCAGAGGGUGCUGAUAGAGGAGGUUAACACUGUGGCCGCCGCACUGAAGGUUUUACCAGCGGUAGCAAAACUGAUCCUGGUGCAUUUGCACUGGCAGAUUUCACAAAUACUGGACAGAUUUAAGUCCAACUCAUCUCUGCUGUUGUCAGACGCUCUGGUGCAGCCCAGCAGCACGUGCAGAUCAGUCACAGUCCCUCAGUCGCUCCAGUGUGGCGUGUGUCUGCAGGUCGUGCGGCGGGACACCCUGCUGGCUCUGCCCUGCCAGCACUCCUUCUGCAAAGCAUGCUGGGAGCAGCACUGCACUGUCCUGGUCAAAGAUGGCAUCGGAGUGGGUAUCUCGUGUAUGGCGCAGGAAUGUUCCCUGCAGAUGCCAGAAGACUUUGUCAUGCCGUUGCUGCCAGGAGAGGAGCUGAAGGACAAAUACAGACGCUACCUCUUCAGAGACUAUGUCGAGAGUCACUUUCAAUUGCAGUUAUGUCCAGGGGCCGACUGUCCCAUUGUCAUCAAGGUGCAGGAGCCCCGGGCGCGCAGGGUGCAGUGUAGCCGCUGCAGUGAAGUCUUCUGUUUUAAAUGCCGUCAGAUGUACCACGCACCCACAGACUGCGCGACGAUUCGGAAAUGGCUGACAAAAUGUGCAGAUGACUCUGAGACCGCCAACUACAUCAGCGCACACACUAAAGAUUGUCCUAAGUGCAAUAUUUGCAUUGAGAAGAACGGAGGGUGCAAUCACAUGCAAUGCUCCAAGUGCAAACACGACUUCUGCUGGAUGUGUCUUGGUGACUGGAAGACUCACGGCAGUGAAUACUACGAGUGCAGCCGCUACAAAGAAAACCCGGAUAUAGUCAACCAGAGCCAGCAGGCUCAGGCCAGAGAGGCCCUCAAGAAAUACCUCUUCUACUUUGAGAGGUGGGAGAAUCACAACAAGUCUCUACAGUUGGAGGCUCAGACGUACCAGAGGAUCCAGGAGAAGAUCCAGGAGAGAGUGAUGAACAACCUGGGAACCUGGAUCGACUGGCAGUACCUGCAUAACGCUUCAAGGCUACUGGCUAAGUGUCGCUACACGCUGCAGUAUACGUACCCUUAUGCCUAUUACAUGGAGUCUGGCCCACGCAAGAAACUGUUUGAGUACCAGCAGGCCCAGCUGGAAGCAGAAAUAGAAAACCUGUCGUGGAAGGUGGAGCGGGCCGACGGCUAUGAGAGGGCCGUGGUGGUAGGCGAGGGCGAGCUCAGCGCCAGUGACAGAGGGGAUCUGGAGAACCAGAUGCAUAUUGCUGAGAAGAAGCGACGCACGCUGCUGAACGGUUUCCAAGACACCUGAAGCUCCGUUGCAACUGCAAAGCACCAGCAUCUUCCUCCUUGCUUCCUUCCUUUCUUACUUGCCUCCGCUCCUUGCUUCCCUCCAUGACCGUCCCUCGGUGCAGUCAUACCGAUUCCCACUUUUUGCAUCUGCACUUGCCCAUUCGCUUAUUUCUUUUUCUCCUCUCACUCCCAUAAUGCUGCAGGGUUACAGAAUGGCACGAUUGUAUCUCCCUUUCACAUCCACACCUCAUUUACAUGUUUUGGCUCUGGGGCGACACAUUCACCGUGGUUAAAGCUUUUCAGACCUGAUCCUAAAAGGUCACACUUCAAGUACCUGUCAUGUGUCUGAAAUCGGUUCGUGUGCUUGAAUUCCACAAAAGGCAUUUGGACGAUGACACAAGCAGCUAGAAAUAACUUAUUUGACAGAGUCAUAGUUACAUUAUUCCUGUGAUGCUGGAAUAUUCAUUAGAGAAAAAGGAGAAGCUGGAGAAGCUUUUUCUGUUGAGCAGGGAAGAUGUGGAAGAUGAUAUAGGUUAUUUUAAGGAGACUGUGCUUGUGGGUCUGUAUUUAAGGGUUUCAAGUAGACCAUGAAGACGUAAGCGUACUUGCUAGUAUUUGGAGUACUUAUGGGAUUGGCCUGAACCCGUAAAUAUGAGUAGAAGAACACGUGCUAUGUUGCUUUUUCCCUCACAUUUAAAAUGUUCUGUUACUACUAAGCCACAAAAUUUGAAUUGACAUAAAUAAAAAACAAAUCGAUGAAUGAGUAGCUGUGGACGGUUUCAUGGUGGAAGUGGAGUAUGUGAUCCGUCUCACUCUUUAUGAAACCAACUACAUUAUCUACCGUGACAGGUGCAACUUUACUGGAGAUUAUCAAUGGCAGAUCAUGGAGAGCUUACAUAUUGUAGCUAUUUGUUUUUAACAUUCUUCCAUAAAGGUGUACAUGGUGUUUACUAUGGAACAAUUCUGAUUAGAAGUUCCACAAUAAACGCACCUUCCCUCGUGGUUUGUUUGUAUUGGUACUUAUCCAGACCUACUACUGCCAGCAAAUAUUUCAAGUGAUAUUUUUGUCGCCGUACAAUUACUACAAUAGCCAUUGUUGUCUCUACAUACUCGUACUGAUGUUGUUGCCUGAUUGUGUCCAGCUAGUUUAGAUCCAAACCGGUGUGAGCCAGACCUCCUCCUCAGCAAUCCAACAUUUGCACCUGCACUGAUCAGAUGAGGAACUUGAGUGUAAUCCCAGGCAGUCAUGCACACUACAGCGCGCACACACACACACACACACACACACACACACCAUGCUCACAUUGACUCACUCAUGCUCAAACACUCCUCUGCAGAAAAUAAACUUUAACAGUUAAUUUGUCUCCUUCCCCCAUCUUGUGCUCGCUUCUUUCUUUUCGUUCAUUCUCUCACUUUAUUUUGCUCUUUAUUUUUGUCUUUCUUACUGCUCACAUUGUUCACUUUUCUUCUGGAAAAUGGCUGUUGAUAGAUCGUUUAAAAAGAAAAAAGACAAAAAAAUGGUUGUAAUUUUCAACAGUUGUACAUUAAUACAGAAAUAGUUACUGAGAGUUUUUAAAACCAGA